GGCCAUGCCGCAGGGCGAGACAUUCCACCGGGCGGUCUCGAAAGUUCUCUUUAUUUCCCAAAUCUAUGGCCUGCUUCCGGUUAGCCAUGUCCGCGCCUUGGAUGUGGCUGACCUCCGGUACAGGUGGCUCUCGCCGCGCGUCUUCUACUCCGGUCUCAUUGUGAUCCUCAAUCUGUGCGAAUUUGGAGCCGUCAUUAACUAUGUGGUCAAGGUGGCCAUUAACUUUCAUACUUCUAGCACGCUGUCCUUGUAUAUCGUUUGCCUUCUGGAGCACCUGUUCUUCUGGAGAUUGGCCAUCCGUUGGCCGAGUAUCAUGCGGACAUGGCAGAGCGUGGAAAAGCUCUUUCUAAGGGUUCCCUAUCGUUUCUACGGAGAGUACAAGAUAAAAAAGCGUAUUUAUAUAGUGUUUGCGGUGGUUAUGUCUUCGGCUUUGGUGGAACACUGCCUGCUGCUCCUCAAUUCGUUUCACUUGAGCAAUAUGGAACGUAUCCAGUGCAAGAUCAAUGUGACCUACUUUGAGAGCAUCUACAAGUGGGAGCGACCGCAUCUGUACAUGAUCUUGCCCUACCACAUCUGGCUGUUGCCUAUUUUUGAGUGGGUCAACGAAACCAUUGCCUAUCCGCGCUCCUUCACCGACUGCUUCAUCAUGUGCAUUGGCAUUGGCUUGGCUGCCAGAUUUCAUCAACUUUAUCGAAGGAUUGCUGCUGUUCACAGGAAAGUUAUGCCUGCAGUGUUCUGGACCGAAGUGCGGGAGCAUUACCUGGCCUUGAAGCGGCUCGUGCGCCUCCUGGAUGCCGCCAUAGCUCCCUUGGUGCUCUUGGCUUUUGGCAACAAUAUGUCUUUUAUCUGCUUUCAGUUAUUCAACAGCUUCAAAAACAUAGGCGUGGACUUUAUAGUGAUGGUGGCCUUUUGGUAUUCUUUGAUUUUUGCUGUAGUCCGCACCUUGCUCACGAUUUUUGUGGCUUCGUCUAUCAACGACUAUGAGCGCAAGAUAGUCACAGCUUUGCGAGAUGUGCCUAGUAGAGCAUGGUCCAUAGAGGUUCAGCGCUUCAGUGAGCAGUUGGGCAAUGACAUGACCGCUCUCUCCGGCAGCGGCUUCUUCUACCUCACCCGCUCACUUGUCCUAGCUAUGGGCACUACUAUUAUCACCUAUGAGCUCAUGAUAUCGGAUGUCAUCAACCAAGGUGCCAUCAGGCAAAAGACUCAAUACUGCAGGGAAUUCUAGAGCCGGGAGUAGGGCUAUUCAAG